AGGCUUUCGAGCUAAAGGCGGCGGCAACCCUCCCGCGGCAUCGUGACACAUGCGACAAGGACACACGCGUUAGAGUACAACGUACAUAUUUUGAUUAUAUGCGACCACAGCCACGGCCCACGAACGCAGAAGUCAGCAUUUGUAGUAAAGAUCUACAACCGGCAAAUACGGACUUCACCCAAAGAGGGCAUAGGGAGGGUUUGCAAGGUCAGUGACCCACUCUGCACUCGCGGUCACGGACAUCAAGGGCGCACACAGCACGAUCCACGAUUCAAGAUGGUCGAGUCUUGUGUGAUGGGAACGAGAAGAUUCAAGACUUUUGACUUCGACGGGAAAUUCGAUUUGGUCCUUUGAUGAGACCUACCUCGGACUUGAUCACACGUACCUAAUCGCGCGCGGCAAUCCGGCAUGCUGGAUUGAAGUUCACGCACGGUCGUGGUGACUCACAAGCGUCAAGCUUUUCUGGUCGCCAGCACGUAUCUUUCAAAAGUGACUGAUGAUGACUCGAUGCUCGGAGAAAUAUCGAGCGUCCCUCGAUGCCUAAUCUCCAGCAGGCUCUCAGCAGUCUCGGCCGGGUCGGGAUCUGGCUGCGUCUUGCUCUCGCUCAUUCGACACCUGACGAUAAUUGAAGCGGAUCUGUACGCUAUCGUGACUCAACGGCAUGCGAAAGGUGAUCAGCACACUCGACCUCUGCACAUCAUUUCAAGUGGUUAUAUAUACAUAACGACCCACUCCAACAGACAGAGUACCGGUAAAGUCGUCAUUCAAAUAAUAAGAUCUGCUCUGCGUUCAUGACCGAUUAUGAAGCAAAUCGAUCGAAUCGAAGCGCACUCAUCAUGCAGUCACGAGUCUCUAUCAUUCAAAAGGUUCAUACACAAGGUCCGGCAUACAGACCAUCUAAGAGAGACUAAAGUCGCAGGGGUGCGCGGUGUGCGAGUCUGAACCGGACACAUCACCAAGGCACCGACUGGUGCAUGGCAAACAUGAAGCAAAAAGCUCCU